GGUAAGACCGGACUAAAUGGAAGCAGCGGAGAAAACUCUCACUUACCAAGAUGACACCGGACUUCACAGGAAGCUGCUCACAGAUGACAAGGAUAAGGACAAAGCCGGCAGUAAGGACCACGCCACCGAGACAAACAGCGACGAGUCCAAUUAUGUGGAUCUGGACAUGAAACCUGACUGCCCCAAAACGGUGAAAGUGACUUUCACGGGUGUAGGGAACCAACUGUCUGUUAUCAAAUGCGACAAUUCAAAGCAAGGGGAGCAUGACAUUAAGAGUAAAAUCAUUUCAAAUGAGGACAAGCAGGACACCGACCCGGGGCUUGGAUCGGGUGAACCCCCUUUGGAAACUCUGACCAAACUUCCCAAAACAGAUCGGGACUCUGAGAAUGAGAAUCAGCGCCAGGCCGAGCUCGACCCGAGUGACUGCAGUGACCACGUGUGUAGCGAGAGUGAUGAGCUCCGGUACACGGAUAUGUAUCUGAACAGCAAGACAGAGUCUGAUGACGGCGCCAGCGCCGUGCUGUCCGACCACUGCGGCUCCGACACCGUGGAGGACGAGUCCCAUUAUAUCACCACACACGAAAUCCAGCUGACCGAGCUCGACCAUGACGUAGAUUACGACUUAGGCCGAGGAACUUGUUGGGAGUUUGAAGACGACAACCUGGUCUAUUCCUUUGUGGAUUACGCCUCUUUUGAAAGCGAUGAUACUCAGGAGGGAACUUUGAUACUAGAAGGCAGGAGCCAGGCGAAAGUGCAGUCUAAUCUUGGUGGAGCAGUUGUCAGCACUGAGCAGGAGGAGAGUGAUCUUUGUGAUUCAGACAAAUGUGCCAGCUCAGACGAAAGUAUAUGUAAAAACCCAAGUGAAGACCCUAAUGCGGAAAAAAUUCACCUGUCGAUAAAAACAUCCUCGAGAGCAGUGAACGACCCCGUUAACGCCUUUAACAACAAAACCUCUGGGUACACGAAGCACUGUGGAGACAAGAGCAAUUUCUCUUUUGUGAGCUCUGGCGCCAGAGCGGGGCCCCUGUGCGAUAGAGCUCCAUAUUUCAUCCCUGCUCCGUGCCGUCAGCACCUUGCAACCAAACUGAGACGGAAAGAUAUUAAUGAGUAUUCCAGCGGAGCGUCCAGCUCGAUCAGUGAGUUGGAUGACGCUGAUAAAGAGGUGCGUAAUUUAACCGCCAAGUCUUUCCGGAGCUUGGCAUGUCCAUACUUCGAUGCUAUUAAUCUGAGCACCUCUAGUGAAUCUUCUGUCUCGGAAUACGGGCUCAAUAAGUGGUCGGCUUAUGUAGACUGGAAUUAUGGAAACAUAACGCGAGGAAGAGGGCGCAGCGUAAUUGCGCACAAGACUUCCAGGGCAACACUGGAAAUGAAUAAAACUGUGGAGAGUAAGAGGCAUGGUAAGUCUGUUACCGCUGCGAAAGCCCCACAAAGUAAAACGUACGCCCUAAACAAAAGAAUAACUUCACAACAAGCAUCAUCUUCCAGUAAAAAGAUCCAACUGAAAGAUCCUGUUCAGCCAGUCCAGCGUGGAGUCACACUGAAUUUCCGCUGUAAUGUUCGAUCACAUGAAGCAACCAGGGAUUCAAAAUGUUCACAAAAGGCACCACCCAGUGAGGUUAUGGGGACUGUGCUGGCCAGGUCAGGCUGUGAGAUGCAGUAUCAUCAUACAGAUAAUAUGGGAGACACACAGAAAAGGGCAAUUUUUGCAUCAAGUCUAUUAAAAAAUGUGAUUUCCAAAAAGAUGCAAUUUGAGCAGGAGCGCAAAAUGGAGAGGGGUGAAAUCUGUGACACAUCCCCCUGUUUUCAGAUAAAAGAUCCAGAGAUGAGAGAAAAGAGUCCAGGAAGAGGCUUGCAAAGGCAAACUUCAGAAUCGGGCUCAGGAUUCACUGUUAAUUCUGCUGAUGAUCAAUGCCUAGAGGGUGGGAGACAGAGUUCCUGUGGUGAUGCAGAGGAAACAAAAGGCAGCAAAGCACCAAAUGAUUCAGAAAAGGGACAAGAUGAACUUCAAAAAGCUCCCCCUGUGCACAGUCAAAGCAGUGCAUUUAAUUCAUUAAAAGUAGAUGAGCCAGAACCUGCAAGGGAAGCUGAGCCUCCAUCUGUAAGUGAUGCACAGACCACAGCAAAGGAAGGAUUAGACACCAGCAGCAUGCUGUCAAAACUGCUUUUUGUUCCAAGUUGCCAGCUACAUUCAACAGAGAUGGAUUUUACAGACUUACUAGGACAUGCGCCUGACAAUGUCACACCGGCUGCUUCACAGAAAAGUGAGAAGGAGCUGAAAGCGAGUAAUAAUGGAAACAAAGAAGAAAACGAGAAGGGAAGGGAAAAGCCUGAGAUAAAAAUAUGCCUGAGAAGUGUGAAAGAAAAUAAAGGCUGCAUGCUGAAUAUUGCCAAUCUCUUAACCCCCAAAAUAAGCUACAAUGUCAACACAUUGAGGACAGCAGAUGAUACCAAAGGCCCCAUUUUGUCUGCGGCUGAUAGGGUUCCAAAUUUCACUGUUAGAAACAUAAGAGACACCAAAUGCAAGCUUCAAACGCCGAUAUAUCAUGUCAGGGACGUACGUAAGUUGGUAAAAAGCUCAUAUCGCUUUGUUUCUUUGAAUAACAGUGGCAAUAAAUGUUCCACAGCAGCUGAUAAACUUGAGGAAAAGCCAAAAACAGAGCCUGUUAAACAUUUAUUGCCGUCUCCUAUUGUGAUUAAAUGCAACUCUGUUAAAACAAAUGUCAAAUCAGAGAAAAAUGCAGCACAGAAACAAGCAAUGACAGCCGCCCCAUCUGAAAAUUCCCAAAGUGAUACUAUACCAGCUACCUGCGUAGCUAGCAGGACACCACCAGUUGUAGCCAAGCAGGGGUGUCCCGACCAAUCGGACAUUCAAACAAAUCUUGAAACCAAACUGCUAAAACAGAGGCAAGACAAGUUUACAGGUGAAACUGCUGAAAGGAGAAAUGAGACUGCAGUUCCAAAACAGGAGGCAGUGGAGAAAAUAAAAGCUGCAGUCAAAACAAUGGAGCAGCUUUAUUUUUUUGAUAAAAAUGAGUGGAAGCGCAAGAGUCAAGCUCCACGCCCUAUCACAGGCAGCCAUGUGUUGUCGCUUAUUGCCAGGGAGGAGCAGGGAGCAGAAGUGCCUGAGGCAACAAGCACAGACAGGACUCCUCAGUCAGACACAGAGAGAACACAAGAAGACAAAAGAGUGCUCAAUAUCAUCCAUGUUCCAUAUGACAUCGACACUUUUAAAACACAAGCACAACAAAGCAAAACAUUUACUAACAAAAGCAUCCUUCAUUUUGGCAGCAAGGCUUGUGUCAGUGUUAAUUCAGACAGCAACUCUGUCCCACAAAGCUCCGCGGCGCAUACACCACCAAGUAUGAAAAGCUCCAAAACUCCAGCGGCUCCACUGUCGGUGAAAAUAGAGAAGCCAAAACAUUGCCAGGUGGAGAAGGGAAAGGUCAAAAUCAGCCCCUCUAAUCCUCCUGUUCCACGGGGCUGCACAGACUCUGAGAACUAUUUAACCAUACCAGGGAUGGCCUACACAAAUGAAAUCAAACUUUUGAAUCCAGAGCAUAUUUCAAAGGAGGGAAAUCCAAAUAUUAGUAAAGUCAAUGCAGCUGACCGGAAGCAGAAAACUUCUCCGUUAAUCAUGGAGUACCCAGGUACAAGCAUCUACCAUCAUUCAACGGCAGCAACAGGGCCUCAGAAACAACAGCAGGUGCUCUGUUUCUCUCCCUACCUGCCAACUGUGUCACCUACAUCUUCUACUGGAGAGACAGUGCAACAAACCCAGCGCAAGAUGCUUGUGGACCCCACAACUGGACAUUAUUACUUGGUGGACACUCCCAUAAAAGCCACAGCUAAGAGACUGUUUGACCCAGAGACAGGCCAGUAUGUGGAUGUACCCAUGCCUCAUUCACCUGUGGCACCUGUUACCCCGGUGCCUCUUCCUGUGUCUCCCCUUGCACUUAGCCCAGGAGCGUAUGCCCCCACCUACAUGAUCUACCCAGGCUUCAUUUCCUCACCCACUUUAGCAGCCCAGACAGUAUUGCCGCAGUCCCCGUGUCACUCUGAGGAUGUAAGUGGAGAAAAUAUCAAAAACACCAGAAGUCCUCAGCCAGGAAAUAAGACAGCAGGCACAGAGAGUGCAUAUUACAGUGCAACAGGAGAAGCUCUACAGGGGCAGCUGCAGUUACCUGUGAGUUUGGGACUUUUGACCACCAGGGGAAGUGCCGCGAGUUCUGAGAGGAAGCCAGUUAUCAGCAUCACAACACAGCAAGGUCCAAGAAUCAUCGCCCCUCCCUCCUUCGAUGGCACUACGAUGAGCUUUGUAGUGGAGCAUCGGUGACCAAGAGAACAUCUCUUCAUACAUGAUAUAUCUCUGCUGAGGAAUCACCCUUCAGUCACUGUAAGUUCAGUUUUCAUGUGUCACCCACCCCGUGAUCUACUCCCAGGACAACUUCCACCACCAUCUUCUGCCCUCCGACUCUGUGUUGCUUGAUCUUGCAGCAGGAAUUACUGUAUAUGCACUGCAGUACUAUAUAGGGUUAUCUCAACAUUUUAGCCAUGCUCUCCUGCUGAAGCUCUGAUGUGAAUCGGCUUGUAAUACUUUCCAUUCAGCUGCUGUCUAGAUCCGUUGAAAUGCUGUUUGUGCCCUGCAGCAUGCCUAUUCAAAAGGAAACAAGGCAGGUCUUCGCUUCCAGCUCAGAGUUAUUGAUUAAUGGCCAAAAGCAACUAAUUUAUUGAUCUGAGUUUAAUGUUGCCAAGUAUUUAAAACAAGACUAUGUAACUUUUGAAAAGGCAUAUUUAAUCUAAAAAUGGUUAAAUAUGUGCAAAAUAAAAUG